UUCAACGCGAAUAAAAAUUCCUACAUGUGUAUUGCUCUGUGAUUAUGUGGUGAAUUUACAACAGUAGUUAUUAACUUAAGCAUUUCUCCAGCGUAUCGGGUGUUACAACGUAUCUGAAGUGAAUUUUUUGCCAAUAUUGAAUAAAUUAAACAGUCGAACAAUAUUUUUAUGAUGCGAGAAUAUAUUCUACUUACUUUGAGCAUAAUUUUUAUCAGUCUGUCACAGUGUCAGGCACAAUCCUACGACGAUAAGAGAUGUAAAUGUAUUUGUCCGAGUCUCUCAUCAGUGCUAAACACAAGUCAGUCUUCCCCAGAGAGAUUAAACAUAAUCGCUAGCGUUGCGCCGUCAAAAUGCAAUUGUGAUGGCGUAAUUCUACCUCAUCUCGGAAACCAAAUAAAGGGAAAAGAGCAAAUUUUCUGCCCACGAUGUGAUUGUAAAUAUGAAAACAGAAACACCACGAUAAUAAAGAUUGUUGUAAUCAUUGUUAUUUGGGUCAUCUCGCUGCUGGUUAUUUACAUGCUAUUCCUUAUAUGUUUGGAUCCGCUGCUCAAUAAGAGAAUACACAAAGGUGCAGCUAGUGGCAGCUAUCAAGAGCAUACAAAUGAGGAGGAUGAUAGCACUAUCAGCCCUGGCACAUCUCAUGCCAUGGGGGUGAGAGGUAACGUUUUGAAUCGCGUUGGUCACCAGCAAGACAAAUGGAAACGUCAGGUUCGUGAGCAGCGGCGCAAUAUAUAUGAUCGUCAUACAAUGCUGAAUUAAAUCAUGAAUCAAUUCGUAACCGGAUGGUGAAAUCUUUGACUUAAUUAUUACUUGACAAAAGUAAAAUAAGUAUAUUUUUAUUAUUCUGGAUUAAUUAUAUCUUCAGACCUAGAAAAUUGAUUAUGCUGAACUUGAGUAGCCAUUAUUAUUAUGCAGCAAAAUUUAUGGUUUGGCUACUCAAAUUUGUAUUACUUGUAUUAUAAUUUUCCCUCGUAUAAAAGUGUUCGUUAAAAAUAAAGUAAACAAUGUUGAUUUA